AUGAUCGAUUAUGAAAGUGCGACCUCCUUCCUCGAUGAGUGGGGAACUUUCCAGCAACAGGUAUUUUUUCUCCUGUGUGUCUUCAUCGUCCCAAAUGGCUUUAUCUCCAUCACUAUCGUGUUUGUCGCCGACACACCGGCGCACCGCUGCCUCAUCCCCGCACACAUCAACCUCACCGCCGCCUGGAGGAACAGCAGCAUCCCGUUAGAGGAGGAUGGGAGCAGCGGCACCAUGGUGCCCAGCCAAUGCUUCAGAUACAAAAUUGACGAGUUGCUGAGAUUUUCAGAGAGGGGUCUGAUGCCCGGAAUUGAUGUCAAUCUGUCCGAUGUGUCCAGAGAAAGCUGUCUGGACGGAUGGGAGUAUGACCGCAGCGUUUACACGGCUACCAUCACGACUGAGUUUGACCUGGUGUGUGAUAAUAGUUGGAAGAAUCCGCUGACCUCCUCUUUCUUCUUCUGUGGGAUUCUCGUUGCCUCCUUCAUUUCAGGGCAAAUCGCAGACAGGUACGGGAGGAAAAUAGUGCUGUUUGUCACCCUUGCAGUCCAUAGCCUGUUCAUAUUUCUUCAGGUUUUUGCUAAUUCGUGGGCUGUGUUUUGCGCCUUGCACUUUGUUGUUGGGAUGGGACAGAUCUCCAAUUACGUGUCAGCGUUUGUGUUAGGUACAGAGCUUUUAGGCCCACGUGCACGGACAAUUUUCUCCACCAUUGGAGCGAAUCUCUCCUGUGAUGUAGGAUACAUGCUGCUGCCACUAUGUGCCUACCUGUUGAGAGACUGGAGGAAACUUCUUCUGUGCCUCUCUUUGCCUGGCUUCCUUUGUUUGCCUUUUUGGUGGUUCAUCCCAGAGUCUCCUCGUUGGCUUGUGUCUCAAGGAAGAGUUAAAGAGGCAGAGGCUAUAGUGAGAGAUAUUGCAAAGAGGAACAAAAUCCAUCCACCAGCAGUAAUAUUUCAUUCUUCUGAGAAGGAACCCCCUAAGGAGAGGAAGAAAAGAUCCAACAACAUCUGCGACCUGUUACGUUCUCGAAACAUCCGUGGGAUUUCGCUCACGCUGUGGCUGGUCUGGAACAGCCUGACCAUCGGCUAUUACGCGAUUUCCCUGAAUACCUCAAACUUAUACGGUGACGUCUACUUCAACUGUUUCCUGUCUGCUUUGGUGGAGUUGCCAGCCUACAUCUUGUCAUGGGUUUUGUUUCGCUGGUGCUCCAGACGGCUGAGCGUCUUCUCAUCUCUCUUUGCUUGUGGAGUACUGCUACUCUUCGUUCAGCUGAUACCAGCAAACCUGGUCCUCUUGGCUAUAACACUUGAGAUGAUGGGGAAGUUUGCUGUGUCCACCGCCUUUGCCUUUGUGUAUGCAUACACUGCAGAACUGUACCCCACUGUGCUGAGGAACACAGCUAUUGGUGCAUGUUCCACAGCCUCCAGAAUAGGCAGCAUCAUUGCUCCUUAUUUCAUCUACUUAAGGAGAUAUUGGACUUCUCUGCCCUACAUCCUAAUGGGAAGUCUCACAGCUGUGACGGGGUUGCUGAGCCUACUGCUGCCUGAGAGCUUUGGAAGGCCUCUGCCAGACACCAUGGCUCAAAUGCAGCACUUCCCUGGAUGUUGUCAGAAGACUGCAUACACAGUCACAAAAACAGACGAAGAAAAUCCAGAUGUACUGAACCUUCAAGUCUUGAAUGAAGAAAGUACAAGAGAUCCCGUCAUUCAGCACAUCUCUUCUUAAAUAGCAUUCGUCAAGCACAACUUCAUCAAAAAGUUCUAAAGUACAUUAAGAACAUUAAACAUGGGUAGAUUGUGUUGCCUAUUCUGCUUCAUCCUGUCAUUAAA